GGUUGAAAAGGGAGUUCUUCAGUUUGCCACACCCCUCCUUCCCUUCCUCGUGGUGGUGGAAGAAAAGCAUGGACACAACUGGGAAAGUGAUCAAAUGCAAGGCAGCAGUGGCCUGGGAGGCUGGUAAGCCUCUUUCCAUUGAGGAAGUGGAAGUAGCUCCACCUAAGGCCCAUGAAGUUCGAGUGAAGAUUCAUGCAACAGGUGUGUGUCACACUGACGCCUACACUCUGAGUGGAAGUGACCCUGAGGGCUUGUUUCCUGUCAUCCUGGGUCACGAGGGGGCAGGCACUGUUGAGAGUGUUGGCGAAGGGGUCACCAAAAUCGAACCAGGCGAUACUGUUAUUCCGCUGUAUGUACCCCAAUGUGGAGAGUGCAAGUUUUGUAAAAAUCCUAAAACCAACCUGUGUCAGAAAAUCAGGGUGACCCAAGGUCAGGGUCUGAUGCCUGAUAAGACCUCCAGGUUCACAUGUAAAGGAAAGCAGCUUUUCCACUUCAUGGGUACUAGCACCUUCUCUGAAUACACUGUGGUGGCUGAAAUCUCUCUGGCCAAAGUGGAUGAAAAUGCCCCCCUGGACAAAGUGUGUCUGCUGGGCUGUGGCAUCUCCACUGGAUAUGGUGCUGCUAUCAAUACUGCUAAGGUUGAGGCCGGCUCUACAUGUGCUGUGUUCGGUUUGGGAGCAGUGGGGCUUGCAGUCAUAAUGGGCUGCAAGUCAGUUGGCGCCACCAGGAUCAUUGGCAUUGACAUCAACCCAGACAAGUUUGAAAUUGCCAAGAAGUUUGGAGCCACUGAGUUUGUGAACCCCAAGGACCACAGCAAGCCCAUCCAGGAAGUGCUGGUGGAGCUGACAGAUGGAGGAGUUGACUACUCCUUCGAAUGCAUUGGCAAUGUUGGCAUUAUGAGAGCUGCUCUUGAGGCUUGUCACAAAGGCUGGGGAACCAGUGUCAUCAUUGGUGUGGCAGGAGCAGGGCAAGAAAUCUCCACCCGCCCCUUUCAGCUGGUCACAGGGCGCACAUGGAAAGGCACAGCUUUUGGUGGUUGGAAGAGUUUGGAGAGUGUCCCUAAGCUAGUGAAUGACUACAUGAAUAAGAAGCUGAUGGUGGAUGAGUUUGUUACUCACACAUUGCCCUUUGCCCAGAUCAAUGAGGCCUUUGACCUGAUGCAUGCUGGGAAGAGUAUCCGAACCGUCCUGCAGCUUUAAGCCUCAAGUUCAAACAUGAGUCCUAACUGCCUUGUCCUGCCAUGAAACAAACAUACUAAUCAUUAACACCCUUGUCUCAGUAGUUACUGUGCUGGCUGUUGUGUUAGAGGCUGUUCUGAUAAUGGUUAUUGGUGUGUAGCAUUUGUUACACACUGAAUAAAUGUGAUUACCAA